GCCGCCUCCCCGGGCGGGAUAGAAAUACGGGGCAGAUGGCCCGUUCAUAUUGAGAUCCGUCGAAGAUCAAUUUUCUACAAAGAUCCCGAAGAUGCCCUUGAAAAUCUCGUCGUCCCAGCUUGACGUGUUUUCCGACCGUGCGUCAGGCUGUGAAGCGUCCUGUUUUCCCUUUUCACAAAUUAUACUAUGAGGCACCUCGGCGUUUCGAGUAUUGCUCGUCGUUGUGCAACUCAGCGGAGCAAUGGCUUUUCCCAAUUCUGGCAAAGUCUUCGAGGAUGGAAGCAGGGCGGUGUACUGACCAGAUGAGGUUUAUCGCACAAAUGGACGGGUUCGCCUUGUUCGUGAAACGCGACGGCAGCGCGUUGCGACCGCGGGUUGCGCGUCUGGCGAACGCGCAACCCCCCCGGGGCGGGAAGACGACGACGGUCUCCGGUGCGCGGGGCGGGAAGACGGCCGGCGGUUCUCGGUGGGUGGUGUGGGUGUGGGUUCGGUUCGACGGUGGGUUCGGUAGACGACGGUGUUAUCUUGUGUGGCGCGGUGUUCUCGCUCGGUGGCGGCAGGUAGCACCAGCCCAGCAACAUGCAAAAACUGCACCGGGUAGCAGGAUACGAAUAUGCAAAAGCAUCGCGCUAGUAGUAAUUGCAUUUGCAACAAGUAUGCCUUACCAUGACAAAUGGAGUGCGAAUGUGUAGUGAUGCACGAUUGCAAUUGCUACGGGCACGAUACUUUUGCACAGGAUACAGCAACGCUGCAGCAACACACCCAGCACCAGCAGCAGCAACAGGCCGACUGAAGAAAAUCUUAGCUCGUAGGCGGAGUUUUACUCGCCCACUCUCAGCUUCCCCCAGAUGAACUGCAAUGAUAGCGACCCUUUACACUGCUGACACAUGAAAAACUUUCCCAGUUUUGAAUUGCAAGAAAUGAAGCCAGCUAUGGCUUUUCGGUCGUGUUUUGCAAUCAAUUUCAUAUAAAAAUAAACGUGAUGAGAUUCUCAAUCAGCAUGCUCUGAUGAAGAUUGGCGAGCACUUCGGGGUAGAUUUGCACCACAAUUCGAUUUGUCUACGCUUCAAACCGCGAGUUAACCGUCCGGCCGGCCGGGCGGACGGCUAACUCGCGGGUGCGAGUUAACGGGUCAUUUGUUACCUCACUCUUAUAUUUUUUCGCUUUAUCCCAGUCGCGAAGGGCAGUGAGACGAGGUAAAUUGUGACCGGCAUGGCGAUAUUUUUACGGCGCGACUGAAUAAAUUUCAACGCCUUUUUACGACACGAAGCUUUUGAAAGUUGUGCCUAGGCGCGACGAAGUGCUAUGCUGAGGUGCAACCAGAACCACAAAUGCUAUUUAACUAGAACUCCUAGUACUAAUUAGAACUCCUAGUACUACUAGGCGGGAACGUAGGGCGGAUUGAAUGGCGCAUCCAAUCUAUUACAAAAAUAAAUGGUUUUAACGAACUUGCAAAACCCAAGAAGACCACGUUGCAAAUAAUGCUUCGUUAUGGGAACUACCUUAUUACAGUACGUACGGACAUCUAAGUGUAAGUCGAAAUCGAAAAAUAAAAUUUGUACAUGUAUGAUUUUUUUUACCCCCAUGAAUGAUGUAUGAUUUUUUACCCCCAUGAUUUACUUAUAUUUUCUGCGGAAUUUCAUUUUCCGAUACAAUAGUCGUAGUCCAGUAAUGUACCUUGGGCGACUGUGUUAGUGUUUGGAAAAUGUUACUAGGCUUAGGUGGAAGAUAAUGAAAAGCCAGCUGCACAAAGUGGAAUACAACUACACCUGCACGCCGGAAAAUCGGCUAUGCACACCAGCACCAAGCCUCUUCCCCGCCUCUGUCUUUUAUUGUCAGAAUAUGCUGCAAGAAAACAUGCAGCACACUGCAGCAAGCAUCUUCACCCAGGAGGACACGACGAGAAGGAAAACACAGUAGCCGAAAUAAGGCUUGCGCGCGCGUUCGGAUGUCAAGUGGUGUGAGGCAACAAGCAUGACACGCGACCUCUCCGGUUGCCAGUGACACGGCCUCCUAUUGAGUGUUAGUUAGUAUUUCAUUCAAAAUCAAAGCGCGAAGCAAGCGAUCGCGAAACUGCUCGCCAUUCAGAGAAAAGUUUUUAGGAAGAGGCCGGGGGUGAUUCGGAUGUCUCAUCAUGCUCAUGAAACGAUCAUGAUUAGGCGAGAGAGCUGGAAUCUUGACUGCAAAGGAUUUUUUUUGGCCUUGAACCUUUGAUGCCGUGCUCGGGCGCGGAAAAAAAGAAACACACGAUCAUGAUCAAUAUAAAACUUGUUCGCACAAAGACGACACAGAUGAUCUAGAAAAUCAGCAGAAAAACGAAUUGAUCCUUUCACAAGCAGUGCCGAAGAUUUUUUUCCUCCUCGGUACCGCUAUGGCGGGAGUGCGCAGCCAGAGCGCUGGCGUAGUUGUUGUACCAGCGUGAUUGAUUUCAGAAAUCGCGGAAGAAGACGUACUUCAUUUCAUGAUGGGCACCACAGCU